UUAAAAUGUUGCCGACCCAGCGUUUUAUACCCUUCUCGAUCUUUCAUUUUUAUUGGUCCUCUCUGUUAGUUCCUAAUAAAUGCUGAGCAACAAAAUAAAAAAGAAACUUUGGUCUUGAUCCGAACAUUCCAUGGAGCCUGCCAUUUGUAAUUAUAACGGUUUAGAAUACAACCCUUCCGAUCCUAGGUUUGAAAACCUCUCGAAAAGAGCCAUUAAAAAGCUACUAAAGCACGACCUAUGGGAAGCCACCAAAGACGAAAAACGUCUGGCUCUAAGAGAAAAGACGAAGCUGAAACGGUCUGAAAAACGGUCUGAAAAACGUCAAAAGAUCGAACAAGGUCUCAUUGAGCCUACCCCCACCAAAAAGAAGCUGGCUUUCUUGAGUGAAUUAACAAAUAUUGGUCUCAUUAUGGAUUGUGCAUUCAAUGACUUGAUGGAAGAAAAGGAACUAUACUCGUUGAUCAAUCAAAUAGGUUACGCCUACGGUAAAAACAAAAUCGCACCUAAAUCCAUGAAAUUCUGCUUAUCCUCGGUGGAUGCGUCAUUGACAGCUCCCUUGAAUGAAAAAUUGCCUAGUUGGUCUUCUUGGAAAAAUGUAACCGUCUUACCAAAUUCCUAUUUAGACAACUUUGAUCACAAUGAUCUCGUGUAUCUCUCAGCAGAUUCAGAUAACGUCAUCCAGGAAUUAGAACAAGGCAAGCAUUAUAUCAUUGGUGCUAUCGUGGAUAAAAACAGAUACAAAAGUCUCUGUCAAAAUAAAGCUAUGGGACAAGGAAUUCAAACAGCCCGUUUACCCAUUGGCGAGUAUAUCCAAAUGUCUACCAGAAAAGUCUUAACAGUCAACCAAGUGUGUGAAAUCAUGUUGAAAUGGUUAGAAUACAAGGACUGGAAAAAGGCCUUUCUCGAGGUUAUUCCAGGUCGAAAACUAGUAAUACCUGCUUUAGGAGAAGAGGCUUAAUCUUUUCUAAAUAAAGUUUCCUCUUUAUUAAAUUGGGUGUCAUCGACAAAUGCUUACAUUUGAACGCUUUAUGUUCUAUCAUUGUUAUCGCCGAUCUGAAUAGCA